GUUUUGCAAAAACAAAAAUAUAUUAUUUACAUUAUUAUCUAGUCCGUAUUAAAAAAAAUCCCACACAUUUCUGAAAAUAGUACCUGUUAUUAUCAUCAAUAAGGUAAGUGCAAAUGUGUUUGCAAUAUAAUCAAUUCUAUGAGUUGAACAAAGUAAAAUAAAUAAAAUAACAGUGGUUAGAGUGAAAUAGUUGCAAUACUCCCACAGUAUUACUCCUUCUUUUUCUUUUAUAUGAGACUAAUGGAAGUUAUCUUUGUUGCACACAUAAACUAUAUUGCGUACAACUUUGCAGUAUCCGUUUACUACAAAUUACAUAUUAUAGAUAAUGUCAAGUCACUGCAAACGCAAAAAUAUUUACAUAAUCUACGUAUAAGUAAUCAUUUAUUUAUUUUGUCUAAACUAUUCUCUCAUAAUCUCUCCCAUGACAUGACUAGCAAAUAAAUGUGUUAAGUGAAUUUAUGAUGUGAAUUAAUCUAGUCGCCCGAGAUAUUUUACAUAGACACGAUUAUUACAUGAACGCAUUGUUGUGCAAAAUUUUGCAAUUUUGCGACGGAAAAACUGGAAAAUUAAUUGAUCCUGCAACGCGUUUUUUACCGGUUGCAUCACAGACAAUUUGUUAAAUAAUACACAAAUGGGUAAUUUACCUGAAGGAUUUUCUAAACUUUCCGCUUCUCCGGCAUUUUCACUAUGAUGGUACUACACAGGCUACUACAUUAAAGACCAGCAAAUAUUAACUAAAAAAAAGAAGAUUGUGGCUUGACUUUUGACAGGUGGCAUUAUUGUAAAAACGAGGUUAAGUUUACAGUUUACUACGAAACAUAAACAAAUGUUUAAAUUUAAUUUUUUAUGUGAAAAGGAGAAUGAACAUUCUACCGAACCAGAUUUGGACCGGCAAGAAGUAUUCCAGCACAGUGAAGAAAUAUGCCCCGAACCUAAUCCACAAGAACUAAAUGAUAUUCCGAAAAACACGAUAGAAUGUAACGAUGUAGUGAUAAAUUACUUGUGCCCCAAUUCCCUAUUAGACACUCUAAAGGACAAGAAACUAAACGAAUCGAUCCUUCAAGCAGAAGAAAACCAUUCGGAUCUACUACCAGCAGUAUACGAAGGCGGUUUAAAAGUGUGGGAAUGUACUUACGACGUGCUGCAGUAUUUCGAAGAAGCCCAAAUCGAUUUUAACAAUAAGUUAGUGCUAGAUUUGGGUUGUGGUUCCGGAAUUCUUGGCAUAUACGCACUGUUAAAGAAUGCUACGUGUUGGUUUCAAGACUAUAACGUUGAUGUUAUUAAUAACAUCACCAUUCCAAACGUUUCUCUUAAUUCGGAGGACCUGAUGGAUCGUUCAAAGUUUUUUUCGGGCGAUUGGAAGUAUUUCGUAGAUUUAAUGAAGGAGAAGUAUUCCGAUCGGAAAUUCGACUGCAUUAUUACCUCGGAGACGAUUUACAAUACAAACUACUACACAAAACUCCAUCGAGUUUUCGAAAAUCUAUUAAAAAAAGACGGCGUAAUAUAUUUGGCGGCGAAAUCUUUUUACUUCGGAGUAGGUGGAGGCGUGCAUUUAUUCGAGAAUUACAUGGACAACAAAAAGGUCUUUAGGCACACGUGUUGCUGGAGCACCACGGACGGAGUGCAGAGGGACAUAUUAAAGAUUAAUUUUUUAUAAAACCCUAUUUUACUUCGACUGACGUGUUAAUAAAAAUCUAAUUAUUGCCAUGAAUUUCCAUUUGGCAUAUUAUUGUCUAAGGACUUAGCCUUUCGUAUAUCCAUCCAUCUUCUCCUUCGUGAGUUAAUACUCCAUCCGGUUCACCGGGUCCUGGUUUCCUGAAUACGAUUCUAUCGUGUAUCCUGUCGGACUGGCCCUGCCAGAAUUCGAAAUAACUAGGCUUCACGAUAUAGCCUCCCCUGGAAGCGGUCUCGGAACUUCGCCUUCCUUGUACUGAGAUCUCAGUUCUUCCGCUUUCUUUUCUAGUACUUCUCGACUGGCGACUUGUUUGCUCUGGUCGCUGCAAAGGGCUCCAAUUUGGCUUCCGUAAGGCCUUUUACUGAAGUAAUCGUCUGCUAGCGACAGCGGUAAUUUUUCUACUUUACCUUCGAUUCUCAC